AGCAUAUUGAAAGUACUAGCAGAGAGGAGAGAGAGCAAAAGCUUGUCCUCUCCAGCAGCCCAACGCCGCCAACCCAAUCCAGCGACGUUUCUGGGCAACACGCCUUGAUAUAAAAAAACUUAGAAAAAGCAAAAAAGGCAAUAACCCAGAAAGGGGAGAGGUCUUGAUGGAUGAGAGAUUCGAGUAUUUCACUCUCAGAAUAAUGGAGGUUAAUAUCUAUACUUGGUUCACCAAAGUUACUACUGCGUAAUUGUAAGGAAUCAGUGAAUGGCAGAAGGGCUCUGAACUAUAGAGCUUAAAAGGGUGUUGGAAUUUGUAGAUUGUUUCAUGGGCAAUACAUGCCGUGGUUCUUUUCGAGUGAAAAGUUAUCAGGGCUACAAUCAGCCCGAAGAUCUGUCCGUUUCCAAGCGUCACUCUUCUGCAACCCAUUCUAGUCAUACCGAUAACUCGCUCACCAGCUUAAAUUCUCAACAGCUCAUUGCUCAAGAAUUCUCCAAGGACGACCCCCCUAAAAAAGACAACAACCAUAAUACUAACGGUCUCCCUCCUAUUAGUCCAAGGAAAGACGGCAACACCAUGAGACGUGGCCCCGAUAACCAGUCUUUUUAUGUCUUGGGUCAUAAGACUCCCAACAUUCGCGAUCUUUACACAUUGGGCCGUAAAUUAGGGCAAGGACAGUUUGGUACUACUUACUUGUGCACUGAGACUUCCACAGGCAUCGACUUCGCUUGUAAAUCUAUUGCCAAGAGAAAGUUGAUAGCCAAAGAAGAUGUGGAGGAUGUAAGGAGGGAGAUUCAGAUAAUGCACCAUUUGGCAGGUCACAAGAAUAUUGUCACCAUUAAGGGAGCAUACGAGGACCCAUUGUAUGUUCAUAUUGUAAUGGAGCUUUGUGGUGGUGGUGAACUGUUCGACCGGAUCAUUCAGAGGGGACAUUAUAGUGAGAGAAAUGCUGCGCAAUUGACCAAAAUUAUUGUUGGCGUUGUUGAGGCAUGCCAUUCACUUGGCGUUAUGCAUAGAGAUUUGAAGCCGGAGAAUUUCUUGCUUGUUAACAGGGAUGAUGAUUUCUCUCUCAAAGCCAUCGACUUUGGGCUUUCAGUUUUCUUCAAGCCAGGUGAGGUUUUCUCUGAUGUGGUUGGAAGCCCAUAUUAUGUUGCUCCUGAAGUCCUUUUGAAGCAUUAUGGGCCGGAAGCAGACGUCUGGACAGCAGGUGUCAUACUAUAUAUCCUGCUAAGUGGUGUACCACCCUUUUGGGCAGAAACACAACAGGGGAUAUUUGAUGCAGUAUUGAAGGGACAUAUUGACUUUGAUUCAGAACCAUGGCCCAUUAUAUCAGACAGUGCUAAGGAUCUUAUUCGGAAGAUGUUGUGCUCUCGGCCUUCGGAGCGGUUGACUGCUCAUGCAGUAUUAUGUCAUCCUUGGAUAUGUGAAAAUGGAGUUGCUCCUGAUAGAGCUCUGGAUCCAGCUGUGCUUUCUCGUCUGAAACAGUUCUCUGCUAUGAACAAGUUAAAGAAGAUGGCUUUAAGGGUGAUAGCUGAAAGCCUCUCAGAGGAGGAGAUUGCUGGUUUAAGAGAGAUGUUUAAAGCAAUGGAUACUGAUAACAGCGGUGCUAUCACGUUUGAUGAACUUAAAGCUGGCUUAAGAAAGUAUGGCUCCACCUUAAAGGACACGGAGAUACGUGACCUUAUGGAUGCGGCUGACGUGGACCACAGUGGGACCAUUGAUUAUGGUGAAUUCAUAGCUGCAACAGUUCACCUCAACAAACUAGAACGUGAGGAACAUCUCAUGGCAGCAUUUCGGUACUUUGACAAAGAUGGAAGCGGUUCUAUUACAGUAGAUGAGCUCCAGCAGGCUUGGGCAGAACAUAACAUGACGGACGUUUUUCUGGAAGAUAUUAUUAGAGAAGUUGAUCUAGAUAAUGAUGGAACAAUCGAUUAUCAGGAAUUUGUUGCUAUGAUGCAAAAAGGCAAUGUAGGAGGAAUUGGAAGACGGACUAUGCGUAACAGUUUGAAUAUAAGCAUGAGAGACGCACCAGGAGCUCGUUAGCUUGUUCCUAGAGAUGUUGUACAGGCAUAGCAAGGAGAGGAGGUUCAGUAAAGUGUCUGGGGAGAACAUAUGGAUGCUCCCCUGCUCUUGAUGGUUACCAAAGUUACCUGGAUUUUUCUUGUGGGUUUUAACGGUUUAGCAUUUGUCAGUCGUUCUUUUAAGUUGCUGGGUAACUGGAAAAACGAGUGAUUUGUAAUUUCAGCAUGUAAUGAUACUGCUGUUUUUAGGCUGACAUUACUUUCUGGUGUUUUGUGCUUAUUGUUGGGGAGUGGGUAUUGUUCUACUGAUCUUUUCAUCCUUCAGAUUGUGUUGAUGACUCUGGACCUUAAUGCUAUUUCCAUUGAAUUGAGUAAA